GGGACCGGACCCACCUGCGGCUCCGAGGCGGCAGCGCCCCGAUCCCUCCGGCACCGUACCGGCACCGGCAGCCAGCCAUGGGGCGGCGUGGGGGCUGCCCGGACCCGCUCUUCCUCCUCCUCCUCCUCCUCCAGGCCGGACACCGGCUGUGCCAGCAGGCAGUGCCGUGCCAGCCCGGCUUCACCGCGGAGACCUUCGCCCUCACCGUGCCGCAGGACAGCGUGGCGGCAGGACGGGCGCUGGGACGAGUGAGCUUUGCGGACUGCGGUGAGCAGCGGCGUGCCUUGUACCUCUCGGAUGACACACGCUUCAAGGUGAGCAGGGAUGGCGUCGUCUCUGCGACCCGGCCCCUGCAGCUCCAGCGGCGGGAGAUCAGUUUCUCUGUCCACACCUGGGAUGCCACAGGCAAGAAGCAUUUGGCCAGGGUGACCCUGCGCAGGCGGUGGCACCAUCGCAAUCAGCAGCAGGACGCGGCGCCCGACGUGCUGACCUUCCCCGAGCCCGGCCAUGGCCUCCGGCGGCAGAAGAGAGACUGGGUCAUCCCCCCCAUCAACUGCCCUGAGAACGACCGGGGGCCCUUCCCCAAGAGGGUGGUCCAGAUCAAAUCCAACAAGGACAAGGAGACCAAGGUUUUCUACAGCAUCACGGGGCAGGGGGCAGACAGCUACCCCGUGGGCGUCUUCACCAUUGAGCGGGAGACGGGGUGGCUGCAAGUGACGAAGCCACUGGACCGGGAGCAGAUCGACAGAUACAUCCUCUUCUCCCACGCCGUGUCAGCCAACGGGCAGUCCGUGGAGGACCCCAUGGAGAUCAUCAUCACCGUGACGGACCAGAAUGACAACCGGCCUGUCUUCACCAAGCAAGUCUUCAUCGGAUACAUCGAGGAGAACGCGAAGCCGGGCACGUCCGUGAUGACCGUGAAUGCCACGGACGCAGAUGAUGCGAUCAGCAUGAACAACGGCAUCAUCGGCUACUCCAUCCUCAGUGAGGAGCCCAAGAGUGCACAACGGAUGUUCACCAUCGACCCGGUGAAGGGCAUCAUCAGCGUCAUCGGCACAGGGCUGGACAGGGAGACCACUCCCAACUACACGCUGAUCAUCCAGGCUGCGGACCAGGAGGGCAUUGGCCUGACCAACACUGCCACUGCCAUUGUGGAAGUCACUGACGCUAAUGACAACCCUCCCGUCUUCGACCCCAACAUGUAUGAGGGGACAGUGAACGAGAACGAAGUGGGGGUGGUGGUGACCCAGCUGCAUGUGACAGACAAGGACAUGCAGGGCUCCCCUGCCUGGCAAGCUGUCUACCGCAUCAAAAGUGGUGACCCAGAUGGUGACUUCAGCAUCACCACUGACCCCAAAACCAACAAUGGUAUCCUGAAAACCGCCAAGGGCCUGGAUUACGAGACCAAGAGCCGAUACAGCCUCGUGGUGACGGUGGAGAACGCCGUCCCCUUCACCGUGCCCCUGCCGCUCUCAACCGCCAGCGUCCUGGUGGUGGUUGGAGAUAUGAAUGAAGCCCCCAUCUUCGUGCCCCCAGUGAAGAAGGUGGAGGUGAUGGAGGACCUGCCGCAGGGGCACCAGGUCACCUCCUACACAGCCCAGGACCCUGACAAGGGUCAGAGGCAGAGAAUCACGUACCGCAUGGGCAGUGACCCCGCGGGGUGGCUGGCCAUUGACCCCGAGAAUGGCAUCGUCACGGCAACCCAGCCGCUGGACCGGGAGUCGGUGCACGCCAUCAACAGCACCUACAAGGCCAUCGUCCUGGCUGUGGACAAUGGGUCGCCGGAUGCCACCGGCACGGGGACGCUGCUCCUCCUCCUCCAGGAUGUGAAUGACAAUGGGCCCAUGCCAGAGCCCCGGAUUUUCGACAUCUGCAGCCGUCAGCCCGAGGAGCAGACGCUGAACAUUGUCGACAAGGACCUGCCCCCCAACACCUACCCCUUCCAUGCAGCCCUGGAGCAUGGCUCUGGCGCCAACUGGACCGUCAGGGUGACUGGACAAGACAUGCUGGUGCUGAAACUGGUGAAGGAGCUGGAGCCAGGGGAGUACAGCAUCUUCCUGAAGCUGACGGAUGGCCAGGGCAAGGCGCAGGUGACACCAGUCAAAGCUCAGGUGUGUGACUGCGAAGGGCCAGCCAAAAACUGCGAGCGGCGAGCGUACAUCGCCAGUGGCCUGGGUGUCCCUGCCAUCCUGGGCAUCCUGGGGGGCAUCCUGGCACUUCUGAUCCUGCUGCUGCUGCUCCUGCUCUUCGCCCGGCGGAGGACGGUGGUGAAGGAGCCGCUGCUCCCGCCUGAGGAUGACAUGAGGGACAACGUCUACCACUACGAUGAGGAGGGUGGCGGCGAGGAGGACCAGGACUAUGAUCUGAGCCAGCUGCACCGGGGCCUGGACGCCCGCCCGGAGGUGAUCCGCAAUGAUGUGGCCCCCCCGCUGAUGGCCGCCCCCCAGUACCGGCCCCGACCUGCCAACCCUGAUGAGAUCGGAAACUUCAUCGAUGAGAACCUGAAGGCGGCCGACACGGACCCCACGGCUCCCCCCUACGACUCCCUGCUGGUGUUCGACUACGAGGGCAGCGGCUCGGAGGCCACCUCGCUCAGCUCCCUCAACUCCUCCGCCUCCGACUGCGACCAGGACUACGACUACCUCAACGACUGGGGCAGCCGCUUCAAGAAGCUGGCGGACCUCUAUGGCGGCGGGGAGGAGGACGACUAGGACCCCCCUUCAGCCCCAGCCCGGCUGGCAGCCGCCCGUUGCAGGCAGCUCACCUCAUUUCAGCCCACUGGACUCAUGUCGGUCUUGGCCUGUUGAGCAGGCGAACAGCACUCCUCCAACACCCCUCAACCUGCUGCCCACAUCCCCCUCGAUCAACGCGGGGGAAGCUCAGGGUCACGGGGGCUUGGGGGUGUUUUUUGGGGAGCCUGUGUGUUUCCCAGCACCCCUCAGCUCCAGGCAGGGCAUGGAGAUAUUCAGUCCCUUCCCCAUCCCGGAGCCGAGGCUGCGCAGGGCAGGAUCAGCUCCUCAUCCCCAGUGGGGAGAGCCCCCACCACCACCUCCCUGCCUUUGCUGUGGGGGGAAAAAUGGUUUCUCUGGCGCUCUCCGAAAUACCUCGUGCUCCCAGCCCUGACACAACCACCAACCUGGCGCCAGAGAAGCAGUGCAGCCCCGGCACCACACCUCUGCCGGAGCAGGGCCAAGUAACCCAUAAAUGCAGACCAAAGAUGUGCUGUCAUGUGCUAUAUGUGAGGGAAUUAUAUUCGAUAGCAUACUUACAGGCAGAUUUCUAUUUUUCUGUAUCCCAGAUUAUGAUAUGAUUUCCUUCUGUGUCACGCCAGGUUUAAUUAUUGUGCAGUCAAUGAAAGGCGCUUUCAGAAAUCAAACGGCUUUACUGAAAUUCUGAACUCUGUUUAGCUGUUGUCACGGUUUGUAUUUUUUUAUCAUGGGAAAAGGGUCUGAUGCAGGCUGGGAAGCC